CCACAAAAAAAUUAAAGUAGUCAAAUUUACUGUUAAAAUCAAUUAAAACCUUAGAUAUUAGCUACAAGAGUGCGCCUUACAAGUUUAUUUGUGUCUGGCCACUGUGGUGCUUAUCGCCACCGUCAACCAAAAGAUUUCUUCUGCGUUAAUUCAAGCACAAAAAGGCAGAGCCGAGAAAUAAGUUUAGUAAACAAUGGAUAUCACAAAUGUUUGCCGCGUUUGCGCGAAUCAGAUUAAGGACCAGAGCCGCCAACGCAACAUAUUCAAGUAUAUGCGCGGCAAGUUGAAUGUCCAACUGAAACUGAUUACUGGCGUGGAGCUAUCUGUCACUGAAGGACUGCCAGAGUUCCUAUGCCACCGCUGCACUUCCGAACUAGACCUGGCUGUCAAGUUCCGAGAGCGGUGCAUCUUCUCGCAAAAGUAUUUGCUGGACAUACAGAAUAAAUCGCGACAACCUCACUACGCCAACACAGCGCUCCACGAGCAGCUGAUUGACGCGGACCAGCUGGGGGACCACGACAGUGGGGAGUUCGUUGCCUAUGACGAAGAGGAUGAGAGGGAAUCGGAGACGGACGAAGAUCCCGAGGCAUUGGUAAUGGCAGCUGCGGAACAGGCCGAGAUCCAGGAGAAGCAGCAGGAACGGGCUUUAAAGCGGCGCAAAAACUUCUUUAUCUGCAAUGAGUGCGGGCGGAUCUUCCAUGACGAGGACCAGUACAACGAGCAUAUGGAGGGGCACCUUGGGCGCCGGGAGAUGAAGCAGUUCUUUCCGUGCCCCGAAUGUUCGCAGUCCUUUAAGAAAAAGAAAACGUUGAAGGAUCACCUGGCUCGGAUCCAUUUGGUUCAUCACCGGUUUGAAUGUUCCACUUGCAACGAGGUGUUCACUGCUCUAGGAGACAAGUUACGACACGAAAAAGCUCAUCAGAACGAACGGCCGUAUCCUUGCCUUGAAUGCGGAAUGUGUUUUCCCAGCGUCUUGGAACUGCAGGAACACAGUUCCACUCACCCAGAAGACAAGUGGAAGUUCAGAUGCGAGCCCUGCAACACAAAUUUUCAGUUUCGCAAGGACUUUCAAGCGCAUUCGAAGACGGCAAACCAUAAGCUAUUGACUAAACACAUGCAGGAUGAAAUGGACAUGUUCUUUGACAGUUAAAGGUAUCGUUAAGAUAUAAUACACUUUUAUAUUCUCAUUUAUAGUUACAUUCACAUACCUUUGUUGUAUUUAUUGCAUAUUUAUGUUAAAUAUGCCUUAGUUUUUAAUAUAAAUUCAAGACUUA